AUGGUAAGCGCUCUUCGUUUCUUCAAAGCUACUAUUUACGGUCAUUUGACCCGUAUUUUCUCUGACCACCGCCCCCUGACGUAUCUUCUCAAACACAAUAAGACCCAUGAUAAUUUAGCGCGAUGGGUAAUAGAGUUGCAAAGUUAUAACAUAACCAUAGAAUAUUUGAAGGGAUCAUCAAAUGUUGUGGCCGAUUGCCUUUCACGAUCAGUCAACCCUCAGACUCAGUUUCAGGAUAACACCCCAGAGUCUGAAGACAUAGUAGAAUUUCCUAUGUGUCUAGCGGUACAAGGUUAUUGUUUGCGUUCUCUCCAACCAACCAAUUCCUCCCUUGUUACUCCAAUUGCGAUUAAGCCCUAUGAUGCCUUACUAGAGCAGAAGCGCGACCCAGUUUGUAGCCCUAUCAUGUCGUUCCUGGAAACAGGACAAUUUCCCGAAAAUGUCUCGGAAACAGAUAAGGCCCUAUGGCUUCGCUUAGCUGAAGAUUGCCACCUACGCGCAAAUGGUUGUUUGUACCAUCUUACCAAGUCCCCCCAGCGCCCCGACGCCGUUAUAGAACAACUCUUCUUACCAGAAAAACUCCGUGAACCAGUCUUUCACGCAAUGCACACCAGCGCUACAGCUGGCGGACAUUUUAAUUGGCGCAAAACUUUAGCGAAAAUCGCGCGAAAAUACUUUUGGCCACAUAUGUCCGAGCAGAUUUUCGCUCUCUCCAAAGCGUGUGAUUCCUGUCAACGCAAACGCGCCCAGGCACUCAAUCGCGAGAAAUUACUCCCAGUAGUUACCACAACCGUAUUCGAUAAGGUUUACAUGGACCUUACCGGCCCUUUACACACCUCCGAGUCAGGUAAUAAGUACGUGCUGGCCCUGUUGGACCACUUCUCCAAGUAUGUUAUCACAGCACCCUUACCGGAUUGCAGCGCGGUCACAGUAGCUCACGCCAUUAUGACUGAAUGUAUACUCAAAUUCGGUGUCAUGACGCAGCUUAUUUCAGACAAUGCCUCCUACUUCAAAGGAGAGCUCAUAUCCGAGAUUGGACGGUUGCUACGCAUUGGACGAUAUUUCACUACCCCGUAUCACCACGAAGGCAAUGGAGCUUGAUUAUCUGGCAAGACUAUGGAACGCGACACGACAGUUACUUCUACUCCAGCCGCACGCAUGGAACAACUGACCGCGCCUACUCAUGUGCCACUCACCUCUGAGCCGAGAGAAAUGGAAGCACUGAUGUCCACUUCUUCCACCAGUGCCGAGCGUGAAUCUUCCUCAACCUCUGAUCUUGGGGUCCCCGCACGCGAGGAGCAUGACAGCGAAUGGCUUUGGCUUGAAGAUCGUCUUGACCAGUUUGAUAGCUACAUUCGUGAUCCUCGCGCAGCGAAGAAGCGCAUGGCUCAUCUCUUUAGAGUUGCUUGUUCAGCACUCGCUGCGGCCGAAUCGUCUACUGAAGAACCUUGA